AUGUUCAUUCUGUCGUGGGAGCUGACGGUAGUGUCCAUGUUUACCGUGCCGAUAUUCGCGUUCAUCUCGAAGUUCGUCGGGGCGCGGCGGCGCGCGGCAUCAGCCCGUACACAGAGAGCCGCGGCAGAGGUCAGCGCCAUAACGCAGGAGACGCUCUCCAUUUCGGGCAUGAUGCUCUCCAAGCUCUUCGGACAGCAGCAGCGCGAGAUACAGCGCUUCCAUGAAGAGAACCAGCAGCUUGCCGAUCUGACGCUUCAACGGCAGAUGACGGGGCGCGCGUUCUUCACCAGCGUCCAGAUAUUCUUCUCGCUGACGCCGAUUCUGAUUUACCUCAUCGCGGGCUACCUGCUAUCGGGCAAUUCACCUUCGGGGCUGUCAACGGGCACAAUAAUCGCCUUCACAACGCUACAAGCGAGGCUCUUCUUCCCCAUUGGCAGCCUGCUGCAAGUGUCGGUGGAACUGCAAGGGUCGCUGGCGCUGUUCGAGCGCAUAUUCGGCUAUCUCGACAUCAAGCCUGAGAUUGUGGACGCUGACGAUCCGGUCACGCUCUCGCCCGAAGAAGUCGCGGGCAAGAUUAAGCUUGAGGAUGUUCGCCUGCAAUAUGGCCUGUCCGCCGAAGAGCACCUGAACGGUGUGUCUGCGAAUGGCACGGGGCGGCUUGCGCUGGACGGUGUGAACCUGGAGAUUGCGCCUGGCCAACUCGCGGCGUUCGUCGGACCCAGUGGAGCGGGCAAAACGACGAUAUCCUAUCUGAUACCGCGCCUGUACGAUGUUACGGAGGGUGCGGUGAAGAUUGACGGUGUGGAUGUGCGCGACAUCCGCUUGGCGUCGCUGGCGCGGCUGAUCGGGUAUGUGUCGCAGGAGAGCUACCUGUUCCACGCCACCCUGCGCGAGAAUCUGAUGUACGGCGAUCCUGAUGCCACCGAGGAGCAGAUGCAAGCCGCCGCCAAAGCCGCGUUCAUCCACGACCGCAUCAUGGAGUUCUCCGACGGCUACGACACCAUCGUUGGCGAGCGGGGCUACCGACUAUCCGGCGGCGAGAGGCAGCGGCUCUCCAUAGCGCGCGUGAUACUGCAUGACCCGCGCAUCCUGAUACUGGAUGAGGCCACAUCUGCGCUGGAUUCGGCGAGCGAGCGGUAUGUGCAGGCUGCGCUGGAGCCGCUGAUGAAGGACCGCACGACAAUUGCCAUAGCGCACCGGCUAUCCACGAUUCUGUCCGCCGACGUGAUAUUCGCGGUGGACGGCGGGCGCAUCGUGGAGCGCGGAACGCACGAAGAACUACUCGUGAACGGCGGGCUGUACGCGAACCUGUACCAUGAGCAGUUCGACAGCGGGCGCGUGGAGUGCCACUGCCUGGACGGCAUCGUGCUGGUGAACGGCAGGCUGGUAGCGCCUAUGCCGAGGGUGGGGGUAUAG